AUGAGCCACAAAGACAACACCCCCCUGGUCAUUAGGAGAUAUCCUGUCCUGCAACAGGUAUAUGAAGCGCUCGGCGGAACCCCCUUAUAUACGCAUCAUAAAGGAGAUUUCAAGGCUGCUCUCCAAAUCGCCGAGAAUGAAUGCCAGACUAGUUCUUCCGUCGGGGGCACCACACUCGCAGCGGCCCUCACAGGCCGGGGCAUCGUGAGAACACUACAGGGCAACUGUUCUGCUGCCCUGGGGGACUUGGAUUCGGCAGUUGAUAUGGCGCACCCGGAUUUACCGCUCCAGAUGCUCGUCUAUCUGUAUAUCUAUCAAGCCACGCGAACACGGUAUAAGCUAUUCCCGGACCUCGGCCCUGCAGAGGCAAGGGAUAUCCAGUAUCGGUUCGAUAGUGUGGAGACGCUCCAGGAGUGGCAGGCGAAAACAAAUCCCCUUGCCGUGGCAUAUUCUACAGAUCCGCCGUUAAGCGUGGUGCGCCUGGUGUUGAGACUGGACCAGGAAGUUACCUCGUUUCCACGAGGGCGUCCUCGAAGCGACGCCACGUUCCAGGCAGUGCAGAGGGUUCUUCUGUCAACUUUCGAUACGGAGUACGAGGCCUUGGAACUCUUGCAUCCUGACCCUGGCCUGCUGGGGCAGAUCAGACUCCUCCGGGCGCGGAUUUCAGCCCGCAUGCACGGCGCAGGUGAAGAAGCGAUGAAGGAUGUCCAAACGGCGGAGCAACUGUUUCGCACAACUGAUGAUGUUGUCGGGUUGGCCAAUAUUGAACUCGCGCUAGGUGAUUUGGUCGCUGCUCCGCUCUCCUCGCCUCUGGUUUGGAACGCAUUCCUGGCGGAGGGGACCUAUGACACGACCUCGUACUGGCAGAUUGACAAGGCAGAAUGGGAGGUUGACUCCGGGCACAUCCGCGAAACAAUGGCUUCGUACCAGAAGGCGCUGGACCUGUUUGCGUCUGCAAAUGUGCGGAGGGGGAUGGCGGCGGCGAGAAUGCGUCUCGGAUACGUGAAGCUCCUAGAGGGCAUGCGACUGAUUGACUACGAGCUAACAUUUGCCGCCGCAAAGGAUGACUUCGAGCUCGCGACUGCGCUCUCUUCCGAGGCAGGGGAUGCCAUGGCCUUCCAGCUGGGCGUUGCGCAGCUGGCUCUUUGCGCGAUUGGACAAGGCGGCCAGCCCGAGCAAACAGCACGCGCUGCGUCGAUUGGAAGCUGGGGCUGUAGAGAAGGAAGCUUUGGGUUUGCGUUGGGAAUUGGCAUUUUCUUCGCGCGCAUAGGCUGGCGAUGGGUUAACUAUGUGGGCGACUAUGAACGGGCCCUGGCGUGUUUUAGACUUGCAGAGACCCUUUUUGAAUCUCUGCAGGCGCCGCUCUCGCGCAUCCACUCCAUAAUAGACCAGCUGAAGGUUUAUCAGAUGCUGGGUGAUUUCCCCAGCUGCUCGAGGGCGUUGGAAUGCGCCCUGGACGAGUGCAUCGCGGCGCGACAUCAGGAACCGGGACUUGCCGCUGAGACUACGCAAAUGGCCAGAUGGAUUUCAAUCCAGAUGCUGGGGCUUGCCACAGGUAGAGCGGCUCCACACCUUAUUGAGCGAGUACGGGGCUACAUACAGAGUAUUCGGGACACGCAUGAGCCGUCACACCAGGAGGGUCCGCUGUCCAGCCUCGAUAUCUUGCAGAACCUGUUCCAUCAGUUACAAGCCGGUGAGAGUCCUUCCGGUGUAGAACCCCCCCUGGCGCAGGAAAUGCAACAGCACGACCCCGCCAGUCAGAUCACGGACAUCUUUUUGGAGUCGCAGUUGAGAGACUCGGAGCUCUAUCAGGAUCUCUACAGCGGCAAAAAGGCGGAACAAGAGGGGGAUAUAGAGACAGCCCGUGCGCUUUUUAGCCGGGUACGAUCGGUGGCGUCGUCCUUAGGUUCUCGCCGCCACUAUUUCGAUGCCCUCGCAUAUGCCUAUGAGGGAGAGUUCGAGCAGGCAGGGGUUGCCUACCAACAGUGUGCGGCUCAGGAGCUGGGGACGACGGCAUGGAUGGAACGGACGGGGCUGGGAAUGGCGCUGGACGACGAUCGAAGGAGACAAGCCGCGAGCCGGGCCUUGAGCUUCUUUUGUGAAAUUGGCCGAUUCAAUGAAGCCCAAAAUUGGCUGCAGCUUCUCGAGAAAAGCUGGCCCGACUGGUGGAAGAAAGAAGGGCAGACCUGGCUCUCGCUUGGCCGAAUCGCGCAGGUCCAGGAGGGUGUGGGAAACCUCGAGUCCGCGCUCCAGAUGUACGAGGAAUGUAUAAGUACGUUUGAGGCCCAGCGUCGUCGUCUUUCCAUCGACGGUUUCAAAGUCGCCUUUGCGGGGGACUCUUCGACCGGCGCGUUGUUCUUUGACUAUAUCAGAACCCUACUGAAGCUGCGAAAGCAGCCCGAUAUGGACGGCUCCCCGAGAAGUCAACAACUCGAAGCGAAGAUCUUCGACGUGGCAGAAAGAAACAAAGCGCGGAGUCUUCUGGACCUCAUUCAGGGUGGCGUCGCUGGCGGCAUAUCCUCCUCUGACUACGGUCCGUUACGUCGCUGGCGACGCCUCAAUGCCUAUCGAACAAGCCGCUGCGGUCUACUAGAACAAGAGCUGCACACUGACAGGCCGGAUCAGUCCAAGGUUUCGGCUCUCAAGGAAGAUAUCGCGAGUGUCGAACAGUUGAUCGCUACGGCAGAAAACGAUAUGUCCGCUGCAGGACAGCCCGUGCGAUCCGUGACGGCAGAAGUGAGUACUCUCGGUGCUGUAUGUGAAGCACUUCCUCAUGAUAUGUUGGUGUUGGAGUACAUGUUUAAUCGCGAUGAUUUAUUUUCAUGGGCUAUAUCCUCCGAUGGUAUGGUGAAGCUUCAUAAAAGCUCAUUUCCAAGGUACUGGCUCGAUAGAGCCGCCAAAAGGUUCCAUGAAGCCUGCAAAGGCGCGCUGCAGCCAGGAACCCUAGGGAAAGAGCUUGCUUCUGAGCUCCUGGAACCAUUUCAGGAGCUGAUGCAGCACUACAAAAGACUGGUUAUUGUGCCGCAUAGCUCUCUCCAUCUCGUACCGUUCCAUGCAUUGCCCCUCACAGACAACAGCCCGCUUUCAUCUUCGCAUAUCGUGACAUACCUUCCGUCAGUGAGCCUCCUAAGAUUCCUAGACUCCAGGGAAGUCAAGGACGACCAGUCUCCGUCCGUUCUCGCCCUAGGGAAUCCGUCUAACAUGUCGUUCCAAGACGUGUACGGACAGCACCAUCCUGCGCAUCCUCUGCCGGGCACCCGGCAAGAAGUAUCACUCAUUGCCGAGAUCCUGGCUGGAAGCAAAGUCUUCGUGGGCGACGAUGCCAAUUCGUCGAAUCUCCGUGCACAUAUCCAUGACAACCAUUCUAUUCUGCAUCUUGCUGCACACUGUCGACUAGUUUCAGAGAUCCCUCUGCUCUCCUCGAUAAGUCUCGCCAACGGGGAUGAGCUUUCAGUGCUGGAUCUCUUGAAUAUGCAGCUUGAUGUCGAUCUAGUUGUGCUGAGCGCCUGCCAGACAGGCCAGGGCACCCUGACAGCUGGCAACGAUGUUGUAGGGUUCAGUCGUGCACUACUUGCCGCUGGAGCCCGGGCAGUGCUGGUCAGUCUGUGGCCAGUGGAUGAUGAGGCCACCUGUGAGCUCGUCAGAUAUUUCUACCAGGGUGUCAGUAAAGGCCAGUCAUUCCCAGAGGCCCUCAAUGCGGCACAAGAGACGCUUCGCCACAGUUGCCCGUUGAUCCACCCCCAGGUCAGCGCUUCACAUGAGAUCCAAGCGGAGGGCAAUCAGAAAGGGCCCCGAGCCCAGGAUCACAGACGAAUAGCGCUCCCUCGAGACUUGCAGCCCCCGGAGAGUCUGCACCCUGUAGACUAUUCGUUGCCCGCAUUUUGGGCACCAUUCAUCCUCAUCAGUGGGCUAGGUCAAGGUUAUUCACAAAAGACCACAACCAAGGACAAGCAACCGGUUACUGGGGCAAAUAAUUCUGAGCCAGCUACUACUCUCUCGACGAGGAGUGGAUGGCAUGGUGGUCUUCUUACUUGGCGAAUCGUAAGCAAUGCUGUGAAAUUUCUCCUUGUGCUUGUAUGGGAGAGGAUACUUUUCCCGAGUUUAGAAGCCUUGGAACUCGUGGAAAGGCCCCAGAGGGAGGGCGCAACUCGAAUCAGAUGGAGAUGUGUAUGUCACUCCCUCCUCGCCAAUGCAGAAACCGAACGGAUUAGAGCUAAUAAACAAACCCAGGCGUGCGGCAAAAAGUUCUACGGUGAUAUCGAGGGCAUCUCAGACGCUGACCUAGACGACGUCACGCAAUCUCUCUUUUCAGAUACCGAGUGUGAGAAUAAGAAGAGCGACGACAGUGUAAAUGUCCCGACUCCGGCACGUAGAAUACCAGACCAGGGAGCGCAGGCUUUUCUUAUCCAGCAAACCGUAUCAAAGUGGCCGGUCAACGUUCCAUCGGACCUCACGGGACUGCAGCAAGCCAUAAUAAAGUCGAACGAUCUAAGACUCAGUGACCCUGACAGGGAUAGGGCCCAUCCCGCUCUUCUGGACUUCCAGCACCAGGCAGACCAAGUGAUCGUACGCACGAUGGACGGCAUCGAAGUCGGGUCCCAGCAGCUUCCGAGUCAAGGAUCAUCGGCCAAUCCACUCAACGACGUUCUCAUAGUAGCGGAACAGCUGGCACGAGCGCAGCACUUGCUCGCGCUUGAGUGUGAAACCCCGGAAGAAGCGCUGAACCACCGAGUCGAGACAGAACUCGGGCUAGUAGACAACGGCAACCGCGGCCGGAUUAUUCGACCAGACGGCAGCGAUAGCGUGGCAGAGCAGGAUCGAGUUUAUAUCACACUGAGGAAUAAGGGUGGCGGGACCAUCUAUACGUCCGUCUUUGACGUCAAUGUCGCGGGGAAGAUUUCUUUGGUCUCAAGCCAUAGCCCCAUGGGGAUCGAACUACCUCCUGGCCGGUCCUCGACGCUGGGAUGCGAUCAGUUCGCGACUCUACUCACAGGCAUUGAAGUUACGUGGCCGAAGGGGGUCCCCAAGUCGCAGCCGGUCAGCGAGCAGCUGGUCCUUGUUUUCACAGAUCGCCCUGUGGAUAUCAGACAUCUGGCGAAUCCAGCGGAUCGCCCGACGACGACGCGUGGAGCCCGCUCUAACCUGGAGCAGCUGGUAUAUCGGAUCUCAUACGGUGGAAGUCGCGAUCUCGGUGAGACACCUGGGAUUGCGUCCAUCUGUUAUGACGUUCUCCAGGUUCCAUUUUCUCUCCAUCCUAAAGUAAUCGAGCCCGCUUCCACGCCAACAGACACCUCUGGGCAGACUCGCGAGGAAGAAGUUGAACCCAAGGUCGAUUACUCCAUUGGGGAGUGGCCUGGGGAAGAAGCGCCUCUGCCAGGGGAUGAAAUCCCAGCUCCGGAUGCGAAUGCGCAGUGGAGGGCCCUUCCGUCCCACCCACCAGCUGCGGCUGCAGCCCCGAAGGUAGGGACUACUACUAGUGUUCAGCGAACUGACAACGCUCCUUCACCCGUCCGUCCUGGCUAA